AUGAAUGAUUUGAAAUUGGUUGAGAAGAUUGAUUUUGAUAGAUUUAAUCUGAUUAGGACACAGAAUAAUUAUUCCCUGAUGGCGAACAUGAUGAAGAGAUUGUAUUAUUAUAAGGAAUUGAAAUGGUUCUUGUACUAUUUGGAUAAUUAUGAAAAUACGAAAGUGGAAUGGACAGAUAGAUUGUUUAUUAAUGGAUGUGAUUUUGAUCAAUUGAUAAAUCAUGGAGAAGAUAAUAUUUAUGAAAUGAAUGAUUAUGAAAUGGUGGAAGGAGAUUAUAAUAUUAGUUUAUCAUUGGUUGGUGUUACCAUUGAUGAUGAAAAUUAUUUUAAAUAUUUGCAGAAUGAAUUUGGAAAUAUUAGAAUUAGUAAUUUUGAAUUGGUAUUUGCACAUACUGAGGAGUUUUCCUUUUGGAUUAGGGAAGCAAUUUACUAUACUGAUUGCUCUGAAAUUAGCAAUAAGAUUUCAUCAUUCAAGACAUCAAAAGUGGAAGCUUUAGGAUAUGUGAAAAGGUGUGCUCGUGCCUGUGGAGUGGUUCCAUCACUUGUGCCAAGAGGAGAUUUAUUUUUCAAAUUAAUUUACAGGAAUAAUUCACUUGAUUGGAAAUUAUGCAAGUGGAUGUAUAGGAAUUCUGUCAUUCCAAUAUUUGAAGUACUGAACUUUAUGUAUCGUUCUGAUAUCAUGUGCUAUUGUUUCGAUCAGAUUAUUUCAUUGGCAAAGUUUUACUAUUUGGAAGAAAAGACAUUUAAUACUUUUCAAUCUCAAUAUGCGACAUUUAGAAAGCAACCCAAAGUGGUGGAAUGUGUAGAUCGGCUCAUUGAACUCUUCUCCAUUGUUGUAGAAAAGGGAAAGGAAGAAGAAUUGUUCAAUUCAACACAACCACCUAAUGUUCUUAAAAUGGCUCAACUCCUCGAUAAGAAAACAAUCACUCGAUAUAACUACCUUAGAUCCUCCUCAUUAAUUAAUGAAGAUGCUAGUAUGAACUUUUCCUUUUAUAGUUGGGAAAAUGAUUUCAUCUAUGCUUAUUUUCAAAGAAAACCAAAGAAUAUUGUUUCACUUCAAUUACCAACUACUUUACAAAAUAACUCCAAGCAACAACUAGUGGAUAUUAAUACCUUUGAUUUGGAAGAACUUGAUUCUUACAAAUAG